CGACAUUUACCCUACCAAGCAACCUUUUUUCUUCUUCUUCUCUCUCUCUAUCUAUCUAUCUAUCUAUCUAUCUGAGCAAGUGGUGGUUAGCCUAGAAGUUGCCUCAAUCACUAAUGGUGGUCUGUCCAAAUUCUUACACUCUCUAACGGAAAAAAUCUUGUCAUCUCCCUUAUAUAUUAACUCUCUCCUUGUCCAAUUCUCUAAUUUCCUCCAACGUAAAUCUUUAAUUCAGACCAUAUCUUUUUACUUUCUUCCUAAUUUCUGUUCUGUGUAUUUUUUUUGACAUCUGUAAUGGAAAUUUUGAUCGCUUGCCAGAAAUUGAGGAAGAAAUUGCUAGGAGGAUAGAUAGAUUAAUAAGACAGAUUUUGGAGCUCAAUAGGCUUUCUUAUAUCCACCACCUGUUUAUUCCUGUUGUCUCUUGUUGCGUUUUCUCGUUUUCAUAGAUCAUGUGCAGUAGAGGCCAUUGGAGGCCUGCUGAGGAUGAGAAGCUCCGGGAAUUAGUUGGACGAUAUGGACCUCAUAACUGGAAUGCCAUAGCUGAAAAGCUACAUGGAAGAUCAGGGAAAAGUUGCAGGUUGAGAUGGUUCAAUCAGUUGGAUCCAAGAAUAAACCAGAAUCCAUUCACCGAAGAGGAAGAAGAACGGCUUCUUGCUUGUCACCGGAUUCAUGGGAACCGAUGGGCUAUAAUUGCCAGGCAUUUUCCAGGACGAACUGAUAAUGCUGUGAAGAAUCACUGGCACGUUAUCAUGGCACGAAAAUGCAGAGAAAGGUCUAAAAUUUACGCAAAAAGAGCUAGUUCGCGAACAUUUGCUUGUGAUGUUGAAGAACCCUCCUCAAACCACCAAAAGAAAUUGUGCUUCAAUCCUCUAUUUGUAGACAGAUAUUCCAAGAUAUUCGAUAGCCCACAAGCAUGUAACCUGCAACCUAUAUUUUGGCAGGAGCACCAUUCACCAGACAUUCUUUUUCAUCAUAUGAAGAACGAUCAAGAUAAAAGUCAGGCAGUGGAGUUCUAUGAUUUUCUACAAGUGAACACAGAAUCGAACAAAAGCGAAGUGAUAGACCACGCAAAGAAAGAUGAUGAUAUUGAAGUCGAGCAGCAGAAAAAUGGCGUACCAUUUAUAGAUUUCUUAUCGGUGGGAGGCUCUUCCUAAUUAAUUUGUCUCAGUUAAAUUAUGUAAGUUUGGUCGAGUUUAAUACUGUCCAACAUUAUACCCUACCAAACGAGCUUUAGUUAGGUCGAUCCUGCAUAUGUAUGUAUGUAUGCAUCUACAGAAUUAAGAUGCUGCAUGCAUGAAUGAGAUAUAUAAACAUUUGUAACGAUAAUUGUGCAUUCAAGUUUUAGUGAGCAAAAAAUGGA